CCCAGCUUCACGGCGGGACUCUCUUACGUCUUGCCUCAAUCCUCAUAUCUACGAGUUGUACUAUGCGAUAUUUUCUCACCCAUUGAGUUGGCGUGAGAAGCUUAACGCGAUUCCUGAACCUCUGCCUCCCCUGCCUGACGCCAAUGCUGUCCUAGGCCGUCACGAUGGUGUCCCUCUCAUCUCUGGGUCUAAACCUCCGCCUCGCCGACAUUGAUGAGAAUCUUAAGUCUCACCCGGCCGCUCUCUCAUGGCCCAACAAUAGUGUAGCCUCGAAUGCGCCGUCGAUAAGCCAUGACUUCAUCGACGAUGCACCUUGUUUUGCUUACACGGAAGUGUUCGAAAGCGGGGAGAUGUUCCAAGCAGUUUCGCCUGGUUUGGGGGUCUAUCUGCCUCUCUACGCUUCUCCGGCAUCUCAGCCAGCUUUUACCAUCUCAAAAAACCGCCUUUCCAAAAGCAUAGAGAUCGAAUACCAAAGCUUGACGCUUUUGCAAUCACUUGCCAUUGCUAUGCCAUCGCCUUUUGGUCUACCUGAUCUUUUGAAAAACUAUCCAAUCCUCAAGUCUCACUUACAACACCUGGAGACCAUCUCACCAUCACACCCAACAACCGUCGAGCUUCGUCUACUCGUCCGCGACCUACUGCUAGACCGAGCCCUGUUUGCUGGAAUUGGUACUGAAGUGUACCGAUCGAAUGGCAUACUGUCUAUCGGCCAGCUUCACGACAUGCACCAACGAAGCGUAGAUGCCGGUCUGGACGACCUCGACGCCUGUUUUUCACUAGGCCUUCUGCCCGAUGUAUUGGACGACGCAUUUCUCGAAGCCUUGGCUUCCAAGUUCACCCAGCUUGCUCUUACUGGCGACCUUACUGCCUUGCACGAUCUGUGCGAACCCGUUGUCCGCACCGGUGAAGUCGAGUGGGAGACAAACCCCGACUUACUCCUCGACUUGCUCGAUAGAGGCCGACUAGACAUCUAUCGUUAUGUUCUAGACCUGGCGUCGAGAACAAGAGACAAAUCCACAAGCCAGUCCGGAUCGUUCCUACGAGACAUAACCAACGAUCCCCUUCACGUCGCCAUACGACUUGGCCACGUCAUGCAAGUGGAAAGUCUCUUACAGCAAGGAGCAAACUUUCUAGGUGUUUAUGCCGACGACGAGAUGAGUGGUGGCACAGAACAGAUAGUCUUGACACCCUUCUCUGCGGCGGUCUUCUGGGGGCAGGCCGAGAUUGUUCGCACGAUGCUGCUGCAAGGCCCCUUGCCCGAGGGGCUGCGAGAGGCAGUCGCUAUAGCAGUUUCGGAUGAGAACACGGAGAUUAUGGAAAUCAUGCUCUCGUUUGGGCUCAUGGAUAUGACAAGGUCAACCGCUCCGGAUGAUACGUUCGACUGUUUCGCUGAUCUGAGUAUCAUGGAACCAAUCCCCACCGCCCCGAUACCUCGAGUCUCGUCCAGCCUAGACUGCACCGGGAGCCAGACGAACGGUGUUCCGAACCUAGCUAGCAGCAACGAUAGCAACCAGUCCAGAGCGCCUACUAGCCGGCGCCAUGCUCGAGCGGAUGACGCUCCUAGAGAACGCGUCCGGCGCAAAUGCUCUCGAUACCGCCGGCGACUCUUAGGACAAAACCUGGUCUCUUCCAUGCAUACCUUGUGCUCUCAGCUUCACCAGUCCUGUGACUGCUCGGAACAUAAAGAACUCCGCGAUAUGGCUGGAGAAUAUUCCCAUUCCAACACAGUAUGGGAUCGUGGCCUCGGUGUGUUCCGUGGUCUGAUGCAGGACAGUCCGCCAUCGUCGCUUGUUGAGGUUUUCGACGCACUGGUCGUGGCCAAUGCCACGUAUCUAACGUUGCUUUCAGGUAACGAUUCUUUAUCUUCACAGUUUGUCGAUGACCUCGACCGGUGGCGCUCCGUUCUGCCAGCCUCAUCGCACCUAUUAUUCGAUGACCUCGCAUUUCGCAUGUGGGCAUACACGCCGUCAGAUCAAGGGCCAUCGCAUUUUGACCCAGAACACCUGCCGCAUUUCCAAGACCUGGCGCACAAUCUCAUUUCACUUGAGAAGCGCAAGGAGUCCAUCCCGUCACGAAAAUCAAGCCCCGGUAGCAGGCUUGUGGCUAUACAGAGAGCGUUCGAGAACCAAGAAGCUCAUGUAGGAGUGACAAGUAGUCAGGCCCAGACGAUACCAGGCCGAUCACAGUCAGGGCAAAGCUCCUAUGCCGGCUCAUCGACCCAACGCGAUGAUCUCGUGUGGGCGGACUUUCUCCAUAUGGAACACUUUGAAGAACCUACCUCCAGACUGCCGGCCCCUUCAUCAUCAUUUGAUGGAGGCUGGGAGGACGAUCUCUCGUCUACCACGAUGCUACUCCUCUUCUCUGUGGCUUUCUCCAUAGUGCUCGCAUUGAUCUUCGGCUUGCACUCUGGAUCGACAAACGCGAUCACCGAAACUUUCACUGCCACCCUUUCUGGGUAUUUCCGCUGCUGUGCUUUAAUCACAGAGUAUCUCGUGAUGCAUGGCAUCUCGGUUCAACUCAGCCAAGCUGCUGGCCAGCUUUCUGUCCCACCCUUCACAGUACAAUCACCAGCGCCCGGAUCAGAUGCAUGCAUCACCCCAUCCAGUAGCUUCUCUUCCCUCAGCACGCUUGGCUUUCGGCGGAACAUAUCUUCUUCGAGCAUCAGCAGCAUCGGAAGCGCCGCUGGUUCGACGACAUCUCGCUCGACGCCGCGCGACCACCGAAACCGAGGCGACAGACUACAGUGUCUGACGCCGCAAUGCACCAAAACGUUCUCGAGCGUUAGCAACCGCAACAAACACCUUCGCGAGGGGUGCUCGUUUAAUCGCGAGAAGAGACAGAGGUAUCCGUGCAGGAACGAAUCUUGCACGAAGGUCUUGACGACGAAGUGGUAUCGAGAUACACAUGAGAAGGAGAGAUGUCGCUUCAGGAGGGGCGAUUGAGGGGAACAGCCCAUCUCAUCAACUGCUAGAUGGCGUCAGUACAAGGUACGUACUUUAAAUAAUCCGAUCUUAUUUCCCUUAUAUCCGCCUAUGAAUAAUCUCGAAAUAGAGUAAAGUUAGAGAAAGACUAGAGACGGAU